ACACGAACCAACCUGUCCCUUUUACCCUCCCAGAACCACCCAAAGAGAAAAAAAAAAAAAAAAACGCCCCGCGUAGAACAACAACACCCUUUGAAACGUUGCGUAUUGCAGGAACAAGAACAGCGUAGUCAAGUCAACAAUCACUUAAAAGACUCGUUCUUCUGCUCCUUAACUCUUCUUAUUGUGAUCCAUGAUCAAAGAGUGAGACAAGACAAACAACCACAGUUGGAUCAUCACUCUACACCUUGUGAGGAAUGAUGGGAAUGAUCAACGUGAGCAUUGCGGGCUUGGAUCCCCAGAUGGCCGCAGAGAAAGCUGUGAAGGUGAUUGGUCAAGGGUAUGAUCUUUGCAGAGAUAUAAGGUUCUCUGUUUGUAAGUCUAAAUUGAUCGAGAUUGAUUCAACACACACUAGAGACCUUGUUUUUCCCGGCGGGGUUGUCGUGGAGGAUGUUCCCAACUCCAUCAAGUGUGACAAGGGUGAACGCACCAGGUUUCACUCUGAUGUGCUCCCUUUCAAUCAGAUGUCUGAGCAUUUCAACAAACAGUUAUCCUUGUCCGGUAAGAUUCCAAGUGGCCUAUUCAAUGCCAUGUUCAACAUGAAAAAAUGCUGGGCUACAGACGCAGCUUCUACUAAAAACCUUGUCUAUGAUGGAUGGUUCAUAACAUUAUAUAAUGUCGAAUUAGAUAGAACCAACAUAACCCUUUCUGAAAAUGUGAAAAAAGAAGUGCCUUGUUCAUGGAACCCCGCAGCACUUGCCGAGUUCAUUGAAAAAUAUGGUACCCAUGUAAUAGUUGGGGUGCAGAUGGGAGGCAAGGAUGUGGUACAUAUCAAGCAGACAAAAAACUCAGAUUUAACGUCGACUGAAGUGCAGAAGUUGCUAAAGCAAUUAGCUGAUGAGAGGUUUUCUGAGGUUUCAAAGCAAAGUUCUAAUGUCAAUCCUGCUGACAAAUCACGAAAAUCAAAGGGUAAUCAAGGGCACAGGAACAAACCUAACCCUACUGCUGGCAGGCCAGUCGUGAAAAGUCACUCCAAGAAUGAUGAUGUUGUGAGCAUUUCUGUUCGAAGAGGGGGUAUUGAUAAUGGUCAAUCUUACAACAAGUGGCUUUCAACCAUAUCAAAGUAUCCUAAUGUCAUAUCAUUGUCUUUCGUGCCUAUCACUUCCCUUCUCAAUUCUGUUCCAGGCAAUGGAUUUUUAAGUCACGCAGUGAAUUUGUAUCUUAGAUAUAAACCUGAAAUAGAAGAGCUUCAUCAAUUUCUAGAAUUUCAGUUGCCUCGGCAAUGGGCCCCAAUGUAUGGUGAUCUGCCUCUUGGAUUCGGCCAUAAGUAUAAAAAGAGCGUGUCUCCAUCACUUCAGUUCACUCUCAUGGGACCAAAGCUUUAUGUUAACAUCAUGAAGGUUGACUCUGGAAACCGGCCUGUGACAGGUAUUCGUUUAUACUUGGAAGGCAAGAAAAAUGACCAUCUGGCAAUCCAUCUGCAGCAUCUUUCGGAGGUUCCUGGAGCCCUUGAAAUUUCAGAUGAUCAUGGUUAUGAUCCUGUCGAUGAACCAGACGAACGAGGGUACUAUGAGCCUGUGAAAUGGAGCAUGUUUUCCCAUGUCCACACAGCACCUGUGCAGUACAGUAGCUCCCGAAUGGACGAGUCGACAGCCAUUGUGACAAAAGCGUGGUUUGAAGUUAAGCUCAUGGGAAUGAAAAAAGUUCUUUUCUUGAGACUUGGAUUCUCCACAGUAGCAUCUGCCACAAUUCGCAGAUCAGAAUGGGAUGGACCUUCAACAACGUCUAGAAAGUCAGGAUUCUUCUCGGCAUUGAUGAGUACUAGGCUUAGCAAAGAAUUGCAGUCAGCAGAGAAGCCUACUAAAGUUGAUAUAAACUCAGCAAUUUAUCAAGGUCGACCACCUGGGCCAGCAAGAGCUCCAAAAAUGCUGAGUUUAGUGGACACAAAGGAAAUGGUUAGGGGUCCUGAGGAUCAACCAGGGUACUGGGUGGUCACUGGGGCAAAGUUGUGUGUAGAGGGUGGUAGAAUCUCAAUCAAGGCAAAGUAUUCGUUGUUGACUAUAUUGUCGGAAGAAUCUCUUCUCUAGCACAAGUUAUUGUUUUGCUGUAAAUAUCUUAUACCAUUUAUUUGAAGAAAAAUAUAGAUAUAGGGGAGUGUCAUCUCGUGCUAAGUUGCCUGAGUAUGGCAGUGUCAGUUGAUUGUUGGUGGAUUAUGGUUUUCUCACUUUGAUUUGGUGCAAAUGCCUUAAAUAAUAAAUACUAGUAUUUGGAAUGAGGAAUCAAAGAGUUUUAUUUUAUGAUGGGAA